UUGAAAAUGGACAUCACUCUUCCUAAACUCAAAUACGAGAUGAGGAAGGAACCUGGGAAUGGAUUCAAGGCCAUAGACAAGUACUCGGACUCCAAGUACAUCGCCAAAGUGAAGGAGAUACUCAGGCCUGAGCAGUUUAAGAGAAUUGAGGACUCUUUCUUGGAACUCAUGAUGGAAGCCGGAGAAGAUGCUCAUGAUGAGAGGUUUUUUUUGGCUAUGGUGCUGCCCAUCGAGACAAUUUUUCUGCAUAGGUGUUCGAAGGCUAUGUUCCCCACAUCUAAUUUACAGAAAGUGCAACACAUGGAUGUCUUGCUGAAUCAUCAUUGGGGGAUAGAUGCCUACGAAAUGCUUUUAAAAUCAGUGAAGAAGACUGUGGAGAACAGUCUACAAAAGGCCAAGUACCCUCUGGACGGGUUCCCUGUUGCGCUUCACCUAUGGAUCUUGGACUCCGUACCCAAGCUUCAGUCGGCUUUCUCUACGAUCACAGUCCUGCACGCAGCUUUUUUGUGUGUGAAAUACCUUCACACAAUAUUUCCUUCAAUCAAAGUUUUUUUGAGCAUAGAAGGCGAAAGCUAUGUAAGUGGAUGCCUGCACAUCCUUCCAAAAAUACAUGGUAACCUCAAAGACACCGUGUUUUUGCAAGACAAAGACGAUGAAGAUCUGCAUUCGCUUGUGGAUCUGUUGGAGAAAGGUUUCAGGCUGACACAUGAUCACUGGAAAAGAAAGAUUGUGAAGAGAGACGAUGCAUUGCAAUAUCGCAGUCAUAUCGCUAUCUCCAUUCAGAUAGAGCGAGACAAAAUUCCAGACCUUCUUCUUCAGACGAGUCAGUAG